AUGACAGCAUUGCUACCUGUGGUAACUAACUGGACUGAGGCCACGGGUCCCAGCAGGGAGCCCUGUCUUUCUGGUGAAGGUUACUUCACAUCUCAGUACUUGCUCAUGGACAUCAUAGGCCAAGGGGGCUGCAGUGUGGUGAAACGUGCCGUCCACAGAUUCACAGGAUGCUCUGUGGCUGUGAAAAUCCUGGAGAAGGAGCAGCAUCCUUGGGAGGACAUUCAAUCUGAGGUGGAGACAAUGAGGAUGAUGGAUCACCCGAAUAUUAUCUCCCUCUUGCAAAUUAUUGAAACACCACAGAAAGUGUUCAUAGUCAUGGAAUUUGGCCAGGGGCAAACCUUAUGGGGAAAUAUCAGUGACUGUGGCUAUCUCACUGAGGAAGAGGCCCAGAAAAUUUUCCAGCAACUUCUAAGUGCCGUGAGCUACUGUCACAGCCUUGGUAUCGCUCACAGAGAUAUAAAACCCGAUAACAUCGUGUUUGAUCUCCAGGACAGGAUAAAGCUCAUCGAUUUUGGCAUGGCUGCUAGAUUCCAUCCAGGGCAGAUGCUUGAGGGAACGUACAGUACUUUGGAAUUCAGUGCCCCUGAGGUGUUCCUCCCUCAGACCUGUGACCCUACCAAGAUUGAUGUGUGGAGUUUGGGGGUAAACCUUUACUUCAUGGUGACAGGAACCCUCCCAUUUGCAACAGAGAACUUGAGGGGGCUGAGGCAGCAGAUUAUCAUGGGCAACUAUCACAUUCCUGGUUUCUUCUCCAGAAACCUGAUAAACAUCAUUGGACGUAUUCUAACUGUGAAUCCAAAACGCAGGCCCACUGUGAAGGAGAUAAUGGACCACCCUUGGCUUUGCCAAGGCGACGUGGAGCCAGGAACCAAGUACACCCGCCCCAGCUGCCCAGAUGGCCACAUCCUUGCAGCCAUGAGGAGCAUCGGGUUUGACCCUCAUGACAUCCGGGACUCCCUGAUGUACAGAAAAUGUGAUGAGAUAAUGGCAAUCUAUAGCAUAUUCCGGAUGCGGGCCAGCCAGGAGGAGCAUCUCACAAUCAAAACCGGGGCUGCGCAUCUGGAUGGGGCCCACUGCCCCUCCCCCAUAGGUCCUGCCGUCUUCCCUCUGAACCUCAUGACAACUGUCAGUAUUCCUGCCCUUCCAGCAUCAUCUACCAAGGGUCAGCUGCCCAAGACCAGCCGGAAGGUAUGGGAGAGGGGCGGCAGAAGACACACACUGCCCACCACACCCACCUCUUGUGCUCCAAACACCCUCUCUGUUGACGUGGUCUUCCACAGUCCCGUCACUGCUCCCUGGAACCCCACAUCCCCCAGCGGUGCAGGUGAGCCAGAGAAAACCACGUUGCCCCGGAGUGCAUGGGAAGGGGACCAUGCAUCCACAGAUCCACCCCCAGAGUCCACUGAGGCCAUGCCCCGGGGCAGCUGUAGGCACCGGAGGAAGUGGCUGCUACACGGCCUCAGAAAAAUCUUUUGUUGGAUCCCUUGCGUGAAGAGGCAAGAAGAAAUGCCCCAUCCAGCGAGGAACCAGAGAGCUCCCAAAUAG